AUGGCACAUUCUGCAGGAUCAGCAGGAUCUAUAAAAAGUGGAAUUAUUGACUUUACAGCUGGAUCCUUAGGUGGUGUGGCAGUUGUUUAUGUUGGUCAACCAUUGGAUACAGUUAAAGUAAAAAUGCAAACAUUCCCACACCUUUACAAAGGCAUGUAUGACUGUUUGAAACAGACUUUAAAAAAUGAUGGUAUAGUCAGAGGACUGUAUGCAGGGACCACUCCAGCAAUCAUGGCCAAUGUUGCUGAGAACUCAGUGCUUUUUGCAGCAUAUGGGUACUGUCAGAAGUUUGUUUGUCAUGUUACUGGUACAGAGAGUGCAGAGCAACUAACAACCAUGGGUAAUGCAACGGCUGGUUUUUUGGCGGCUUUCUUCUCUUCCUUUACACUGUGUCCAGCGGAGUUGAUAAAGUGCCAGUUGCAGGCAAUGCGGGAAGUCAAUGUGCAGGGCUCACAAUCAGCUAUCAGGGUGACGCCGUUCCAAUUGUCGCAGCAAAUAUUCAGGCGGUAUGGGAUACAGGGCCUGUUCAGGGGGCUGGUGCCGACGAUCAUGAGGGAGAUGCCGGGAUACUUCUUCUUCUUCGGCGGAUACGAAGGUACAAGAGAGCUCCUAGCGAAGUCGGGCCAAUCGAAAGAAGACAUAGGCUUCUUCAAGACGAUGGUCGCCGGAGCGGUCGGCGGCUGUGUUCUGUGGACGGUCAUCUUCCCCACGGACGUGAUCAAGUCCCGGGUCCAGAUAUCGAACGAGAAGCAGAAGUUCCUAACAGUCGGUUAUGAGAUCGUUAAGAAGGAAGGUGUUUUAGCCCUUUACAACGGACUUAAGCCAACGCUUAUAAGAACAAUACCAGCCACCGCCACCUUGUUCGUAGUCUACGAAUAUUCGAAGAAGAUAAUGCAUCAAUCGUUUGGCGGA